AUGACUCACGGCGGAUCCGCUCGCGCAAGCCCCGUUCAUCCUCAAAACGAGCAAUACCAUCCACAUCAUUUGGUAGAGCCUUUGAUUUCUCGACAGCGGACAUAUGGAACAGCAGUACAAAGUCAACAGCCUUCACCAGCCCCUACGGUUCUGGGCUCGCACAUCGAGCACCCACAGCCUCUUCGACCAAACAUCGCUGCAGCAAGCCCUGUCCAAGACACCGAUCCCAACAAAAACGCUGGUAGAAUCAGAUUGAGUAUCUCAUGGGACGUGACCACUUUCAACGUAUGGCUGGAUUUGAACGCACCUUGCGAUGCUUUCUACAGAGCCUUCCAACAGCAGGCCGCAAAGCAGCGCAAGAGCAUACUCGACCGAGCUACCAUUACAAUACAACUGAAGAAUGAUAGAAACAUGCCAGACGAGGAAGCCCGCCCCCUCUCACUUGCCGAAGAUGACUUGGAAGCAGACUGGGAAAUGACUACUGAAUGGUUGGAGGCAAAUAGAAGGGACAAACCGCCUCAUAUCUAUGGUGUGGUAGAGAUGGAAGAGGGGUGA